UCCCACCCCAGCAGGCAGAGGCGGGGCAGCGGCUGGGUGGGCGUGCCCUGCCGGGUUUCCUCCCCGGCCGCGGAGGCGAACUCAGAGCUCAGCCCCAGCCCCGCGUGGCCGCGGCAUCUGCACCAUGAGGCGAGGAUCCAGGAGCCGGAGGGGCAGGGAGGGGCCGGCCCCCACCCCCUGCGGCCGCGCAGAGUGCUUCGACCUGCUGCUCCGCCACUGCGUGGCCUGCAAGCUGCUCCGCACGCCGGAGCCUAGGCGCGGCCCAGCCUCACCUCCCUCUGACCCUCCCCUUCCCCAGGCAUCCCUCCCCUCAGCCCCCUGCCCACCCUCUCCGUCCCCUCCCAUAGCAGCAGGGGCGAGCAGCCUGGUCCCCAGGACUGUGUUGCAGCCUCAGGAGUCAGUAGGUGCAGGGGCUGGCCCCGAGGGGGUGCUGCCCCUGCACGGGCUGCUCUUCAGCGCCCCCUUGCUGCUGGGCCUGGCACUGGUCCUGGCCCUGGUGGGCCUGGUGAGCUGGGGAUGGCAACAACGGCGGAAGCAGAGGUGUCCUGGGGUGGCCUCCCCGGAAGCCCCAGACACAGACCAGGACGAGUCCCUGGACAAUGUCAUCGUCCUCUCCCCGAUAGCACUUGAUGCCACAGCUCCUGUCUGGCCUUCCCCUGCAGAAGACCCGGGCACCACACCACCCGGCCACAAUGUCCCUGUGCCAGCCACUGAGUUAGGCUCCACUGAGCUGGUGACCACCAAGACAGCCGGCCCUGAGCAGCAGUAGAUGUGGGGGUAGGCAGAGGCCCUGCCCCACUUCUGGGCCCUCGGCCAGGGGCUCAGAAGCUGGAUUGUUUGUCACUCCGACCCAGGCUGCCCCCAGCUUAGCCCUGCAGACCCGGCAUUCGGCCAGCGUGGAGUCGUGUGGGGUGUUAGCUGCUGGCCCUCGGAGGUGGUGUCUGUGCUCCUGUGCUUUUGGUCGGUUAGGCACUAGGCAUACAGGACUUUUCUUCCCGAGUGGGAGGGUGGCGACCGAGGGCAGGGCCGGGGGUUUGUUUGCAGCAGGGUGCUGUACGCUGUAAUGCUCACUCUCGGAGAUGUCCUGCUUUUCAAAUGACGCAAAUGGCAGCAACGAGUAACCCCUGAUGAGCUCGCCGUGGGAUCUACAAACACACAAGUAUUUUCGAACAAACCAAGAGGGGCCGGGCAGUAGCAAUGCAACUGGACCCACGUGGGAAAGGUCCCGGGUUUGUGUCCUGCAGCUUUCCUGAGAACACAAGGCCGUGUCCUGGGCUGGCCAAGACCGGGGGUGGACUGCUCUGGGAGGAGUCUGUUGGGGGUGCCUCCCCUUUCAAAAGAAGAAAUAAACUUUUUUUGGCUUGUGUUUUUAAAUAAGUACCCAGUAAAAAAAGAAUGUUCUGGACUGUG